AGAAACAGUGUCAGAACGGUCGAAUCGUCGCGUGUACAUUUUCUCGCGCCAAACCGUCGAAAUCGGUACGCGCGUGUGUGCAUUCCCGCCAUUAUCGUAAUGGUUCAUUCUUAAAUGGAUCUGCCAUGCUCCCCUUCACGCGACGAUGGACUCGUCCAACAUUGGUGAUCCUUCGGCGCAAUUAAUUCACGCUCUCCUGCCGCGAAGUUAGAACGAAAUUCCAUCUUAACCGAUCCGUAAAAAUCCAGACUAUUUUUCAAGACCGAUUCGGUGAUAAAAGAAAAUAAUCUCGAUCGACGCCGAGGCAUUUUCUCGCGGUUAAUUCGGGCUCGGCCAUUUUGGUAGUGGGGAAGGUUAGGGGAAAACACAGGUCGGUUUCUGUCAAUCGUGCGCCACCGAGCAGACCCUGUGCACGUUUCCCGACCGUUCUUGCGGCGAUCGAUCCCCGCGAGUCCAAAUCGGAUCGGAAACGUAACCGAUCCAUCCAGAAAUCGUUCGAAGAAAAAUCCCGUCGCCAGCAUCCCUUUGUCGGCCAUGUGCAUUUAGCGGAUCCGUUCAAAGUGUCCUCGCGAAUCGUGCCGCGGCCGUCCAAUCCGACAGCGCCAGCCCGGUCACGUGCCGGCCCCGGCCCAAUCGGGUACGAGGGAUUUGAAAUCGUGCGUGGUCUUUGUUCACGAGCCUGCCGUGUGUCAACGUUACUUCAGUUCCGUAAAGGGGGCCCUGUGUCGGUGUCCGUUUUAUGCAUGGUCGCUGCCAAAAAUCCGCGCGAUACUCCCAUCGUAAAUAUAUGUGUGAGAGUGGUGUUACACAGCGAGGACGACGUGCUCCGGGGAUCGUCGAACACACGUCAGGUGAAUGUUGGAUACGGAGAGCAGACACAGUACUGGGCUGGAUCAGGGGCCGACGAGGGACCCUUGGCUCACAAUGGAUUACUACCUUGGCACGGACAGCCUGUCGCUCCAGGAGAUGCUGGACGUGGACAUUAAAUGUGAGAUCGAGGGAGUCAUCAGUGGCCACCCGGAGCUGGGCUUUAACUUUACGGACAUGUCCACCCUGGAGAUGGACGACGAUCCCAUCGGCUGCCAGAACGACCUCAGCGGAUGGUUCGGGUCCACUAGCUUUCUGAACGGCAACAGCAACAGCUCCAACAGGUGUUUAUUUCAUUCGAAAACCUGCAAUUUCAAUCUGGAUCUCAGCGGAGGAGACGCUGCUUCAAUUAUGGUAAACCCUAACUCGGUGAUGCCACACAUGGCGGUCAGGAGUCCGACACCCAACAACACCAGGAGGCACUUCUCCUUCUCGCCGAAGAGAGAGAUUAAAGAGGAGAAGAUCGACGUCGAAGAGGAUAUGGACAACGAGGCUGAUAGUUGUACGGAGAACGAGAACGAAAAUGACAACGAUCCGGAGAACGACCUUGAGAACGACACCGAGACAGAGCAGUACGAGAACGACAUCACGGAGACCGAGGACGAUUCUGAAGACGAGCAAGAGAUCUCGAAGCCGGUGACACCGACCAAGUCGAAAACGAUCUCCAUAGCGGCCGUAAAAACCACCACGCCUCAGUUCGCUAGGAGCCAGACCACCCACAAAAUGCACGGAGUCUCCAGCAUCAGGGUGCAGAACUUCAAAGUGCUACAGAGUCCCGGCCAUGCGCAGCAGUAUGUCCGAAAACAGAUAUACAAUAACAACGUGCACGUCGGUUCGACAACGACCACAGUCGCCGCCCUGAAGAGGGAGAAAGAAUUCGAUUUGUCCGACUAUGACGACAAACCAUACCCCAAACCAGCGUACUCGUACUCCUGCUUGAUCGCCAUGGCAUUGAAGAACAGUCAGACGGGAUCUCUACCGGUCUCGGAGAUCUAUAACUUCAUGUGCGAGCACUUCCCGUAUUUCAAGACAGCGCCGAACGGCUGGAAGAACUCGGUGAGGCAUAAUCUGUCUUUGAACAAGUGUUUCGAGAAGAUAGAAAAGCCGGCAGGCAAUGGAAACCAAAGGAAGGGUUGCCUGUGGGCGAUCAACCCAGCCAAGGUUGCGAAGAUGGACGAGGAGGUGCAGAAGUGGUCUAGGAAGGAUCCUCUGGCGAUCAAGAAGGCGAUGAUCUACCCGGACCACCUGGAGCUUCUGGAACGUGGUGAGAUGAAGUAUGCGGGCAGCGGGGACAUGUCCGAAGAAACAGAGAGUUCCGGCGACGAAGCUGUCGAAGAGAGCACAACGUACGACGAGUCUGUCCACAGUCACAUAGCAGCAAACUCGGUGACGGACAGCUACGACGAGAGCAGCCAGGACUGUGAUAUUGAUAUCGUGGAGCACUUGUACGAUGAGAUCGACAUUGAGGAUAAUCAGGAGGCGCUGCACAUGCAGCUGAACAUCUCCAAGCAGGAGACGUUCGAAUAUGAACUCAGCCCCACCACGAAGAGGCAGAAGACGCUAACGGGUGCGAUACAGGGGAACUAUGUCUACCAGCCAGUGACAACGUCCAGGAGAAAAGCGCCCCUGCUGCUGCGAGCCGGGGCCGGGAAUGGCUCCUUCCUCAAGAUAGAUUAAACUUGGACGCAGUUGAGACUCCGAAAUUUCUAGUUUUCUAUGUAUCCAUAGGCGUAGAGCGAGCCAGGGCACGUGUCCACCCAAGAGGAAAACAAUUGAUCUGUGUUCCGACAGUAAGUCCUGAUUGCAAGAGCAUGUCAAUAAUCAAUGAGAAGAUCGACUUCCGUGGCCGAGGGAACGACGACCAAGAUUAUCCAGAAGCUUCUCGAUUCAUAGAAUUUAUUUUACCACGAGGCUGCACAUUUUUUCUAUUUUUCUACCAACGUUCGUGAUGUUCAGUACAAUUUCUACACCGAGAGCAGCUUCUGCGUGAAUCUAGAAGUCGGUGACACGGAAGCCCUUCUUCAAUUACUCUUAAUAAUUAUUUAAGCGACUCAUUUUACCCUAAACUAAUGUCUCCCCACUGCAACUUCGCGGAUUGUAGCGGUGAUAUAUAUAGCCGUGACGUUACGGAGGGAACACUGUAACGACCGUUGCAGCACCUAAACCUGCUGACCGCAGAAAGCAUUGCUUUCUAAUUACGGUCAGCAGUUUUAGGUAAUAAAAACAGUUGCGUUCAGGUAGUGACAGUGUCGAGAAUCAGGGUCACAGCAAUUUUUUUCCUCGACGGUGAUAGUCGCAGUGUGAAACUUUCUUUAUUCCUCCCACUUUUAAUUGGAAUAGGUAACAGUACCGUAUCUGGUUGUCGACUUUUUAUACGAUUGACGAACUGAUUUUCCAGGACGUAUGAAAAUAUAUAAUAGACGACGAUGAGUACACGUAAUGGUUGUAGAAAAGAAAAGAAAAAAUUGUAAUCGGAGCGUAGGACGAAGCGGUUAGUGUUACGAAGUUAAGUCGAAUAAGUAUUUUGGUCAGCGGACUGGCCAGACUGAUGUAUUAUAUACUUUUUUAUGCAUUGCUGGACUGCGAGCGAAUUAAUUGUAAAUGUUUCCCGCGUUUGUAUACCUGACGCAUGAAGCGAGAGACGACGAUGGAGAUACUUAGAAUUUCGAAGCAUAUUAAUUAACGGGACACAGGUAUAUAGAGUACAAAAAAAACGGUGAAAACGAUGACAGCUGUAGGAAACGAUUCGAAUUUGUAAAAUGUUGUAGCAUAUAUAUUACGGAACGUAGUGGGGGCGGUUAGGAAUAAUCGUAUACCUGAUUUAAGGACAAAAGAUAGACUUAUUCCGCUCCCAAAACAGUUCGACGGUUCUCUUUGUAUUUCUUCUCUAUACUUCUAUUCCUUCAGCUUUUAUUUAAGCAUAGGCGUCGAGUUCGUUCCUUUACUUGUUAGGCCAGUGGAGCUAAUCGAACCUGUAAUUAUUUUCGUCCCCCACUGAUCUUUUUAUUUUUAACCGAACGAUCGCAUGUAUGUGUAUAUACAUAAUUUUAGUCAUUCGUCCGGAGAGGGGAGAGGAAACAAUGUCUACUUAAUUUUAAUUUCGUUUCGUACAACUUCUUCUCAGACUGUGUACUACUGGUCCGUAUUACUGUCCCCGAAGCGGCCAGAAGGAAAUUUAGCAAAAUUUUCGCAGUGUUCUUUCGUCAAUCGCUCGAUCUUCCAUUAGGGAAUUCAAAUUUCACGCCAGUAAUGCGCAGUCUGACAGCGGGAAAGUUUGAAAUACUGCGUUAUCGCGUCGUCGUGAGAGGGGAAUCCGGCAUGACGAGGGAUUCCGCUUUGGUUGAGAAUUCUACAGCGUUUCUAUUUUUUCAUAGACUGUAAAAUUUGUAAAUAACCGUCGGACGCUAUUUGUCAGUCUCUGUCGCAGAUGGUUCUGAGGGAGAAACCGAUCUGCGCCACCUCUCAUCCGACACCUAGUUCGGCUGUGCCCCGUCGUCGAUCGGGGAACAGUAGCAUAUUCUAAAGGGUAGAUGAAGCAUUCAGAAAGUAGUCUUCGUGAUCUGUAAAUAUUGCGCUAUAUAUACCGGGUAGAACAUGUAAUUGAAACAAAUUUCACCAUUGUCUAGUCAACGAUUUGAAUGGAAAAUGAUACUCCACGAAAAUCAUUGCUGAGACAGUAGUUAAAAUAGUUCCAAUUACUACACCCAAUAUAUGUAUAAUAUAGUCCUUUUUUUACGAACCAAGUUUUACAAGUACAGUAGCUUCGUCUCGCGUGAGAGAAAGAGAAAGAAAGAAAGAGAGAGAGAGAAAGAGAGAGGGAGAGUUGCGACAGUAGGGUGUACAAAAGCUUAUCUUUUUUUUUAAGGUAGAACAAACACAGAAGAAAAACAGAAAAAGAAAGAAAUCUAGACGUGGGACCAAUCUGUAUUUUAGAAUCUGUUUCUAAGUUUAAUCUGUAAGCUUUCCUCCAUUUGCGAACACGGUUCUUUUCUUUUUUUGUAUAGUCCCUGUAAAUAAUCUAGCUUUUUCUUCAUUUUCCAAAAUAAACGACUAGACGUUUAAGUUUUUUUUUAUUUUUACAAUUUGAAAAGAAAAAGGAAAACGAAAGAAGCAAAAAAGAACUGAUAACCCGGUAUUGCGUCUGAUCUCGUGGGAGUGCAUAUGUACCUCAGGCCCCGUCAGAAAAGCUGUCGAACAAGAGUAUGUUCGGUGCAAGCGUGAUAUAGCUUAUUUUUUUAUUUGAAUGCUCUUGACUCGUGUACACCUUCGAACAAUGCCAUAAUAAUAGUUAACGAUACCGACGUAUUUUUUUAACGCGUUUUAAGCGAACAGGUGCUGCGAGAUUCUGAUAGCGAGUAAAGUACUCUUUCGUAGUCUAUACCCCUUCAGCGACCGAAAGUCCUGAAGUAGUAUUUCGCGGUUAGGGUAUUCGCAACGUUGCAUCUAAUUGAUGUCCAAAAGGAAAAAAGUAUUGUUCCCCGUUGAAAACCAAAUUAAACGCACGAUAUACGAUUGUGGAGCAUCGUGACUCGAGAGAUUUGUUCACAACAAAUGAUUAAUUUUUUACAAAAUAGGAAUAUUAAAGUGGAAGACGAUAAAUUCACAUUCAGGUAUUUUGCAAUAACUUUUAUUUGAAAAGUGUGUGAACAAAUACAUGAGUCUCACAGUACGUUAGAAGUGUUAACGUGAGCAAAGUAUUAAUUAUUCUGGAAAAUUGUAUAUUUUUUAUUUAUUAUUCGGUCGGAUGAUCUCUCUAUAGCAGACAUGUAAAGACUUAGGAUUUGAAUAAAGUAUGGAACAUUAUACGACUCAGUACUCAUACUAUGAACCGUGUGAUCGAGUGCCUUGGGUUGUGAUAAUGCUGAUUCUUUUUCGACAAUGUUUUCUCGAAAUUCUGAACUGCUGGCACUGCCUUUUGUAAGCGACCAUCGAACGGGACGAUGCAUCUUGAAAUGUCACUGCCAACUUUCGAAGAUCUCUCAUAUUGUUAACUUUAAUUUUACAUUUAACAAUUAGGCGGACUGCGGACUUUUAUGCGGAAUGCAAAUUUCUUCGCCACAACGUCAGCAAUUCCUUCAAUUUAUUAAAAUUAUUCAAUUCAUCUGAACCUAUUCUGUUGUUAUUUCGGUGCAAGUAUACAUAUAUGCAUCCGCAGUCCAGCUGCUUCAUCGACUUCACGUCACAUAAAUAAAUUAUAAAAAUACGAGACGAACACUGUACAUAGCCGCAGAUAGUGUCCAUUGUGAUGAACAACAACCCAAUUAAUUAAUUAAUCGAACGAUCAAUAUUGUUGGAUCUGCAUUCCGCCCUAUGAAGGAUUAACCCUUUAUUUUUAGGACAGAACCUGGGCACAAGAAUAGUCCCAGCGAUAGUCUCAGAAGUCUUGUUUUAUUUUUCUAUUAAUAUGUACCGUGUAUCUAUGUUCCAUUUUUCUAAGAGAAAGUAUUGAAAAAGUCGUUUACACGAAUAAAGGGUUAAUUACUUGGAACUGGAUAGAUACAGCAGCUUCCUGUUAAUCGAUAAUCUAUUACGAACGACGGUAAAUUUGUAAUCCAUGAAUAAGUAAAAUAACGAUAUAUGAUAAGGGACGUAGAGUAGUUUUUGUACCUGUUUGUAAUAUUUCUAUACGAUAUUAUAAAUGUAUGUAAUGUUCGUGUAGAUGCAGCAGUGGUAAUUUGUAAUGAUAAUGUAUAUGUGCAAUGAGAAGUUUCAGUAAUAAAAUGUUGGGAAAUGCGA